AUGUGUGUACCAGUCUUACAAGUGGUAUCAAAGCCAGGUUUGUGUGUUUGGACAUAUUAUGGCUCAUGAAAUGUUGCCUUCUAUUGUAUCUCAUUUUGAUAUUGAAAAAUUGAAUGAUUCCACAAACUUCAACCUAUGGCACCAGAAGGUGAAUGAUCUAUUGAUCGAGAAAAACAUGUAUGAGGCAUUCAAAGGUACCAAGCUCGACAACUUCAAAUAUGAUAUUUGAAAAAAGAUGAAAAUAAAGGCCACUAAAACUAUUCAUUAGUGCUUGUUGAAUGGUGCGAUGUAUCAUGAUUCAGAAUGUAAGAUCAUGCUAAUAUAUGGAAGAAGUUGGUAGAAUGGUAUGCGGAGAAGACAAUGAUGAGCAAAGCCUUUUGAAAGUUGAAGCUAUUUAGGAUGCGAAUGACAAAAGGGACCAAAUUGUCUACCCAUAUUGAUAAUUUCCAUUACCUUUCUGUUGAGUUGUACAAAUCUGAGAAUGACUUAUUAGAAGAGAGUAAGAUGAUUAUCUUGUUGUUAUCUUUGUCCCUAAUGUACGAGAACAUUGUGACUAAUUUAUUACAUGGAACUUAAAUAGCAGGCCUCAUUGAGAUUAUUAGUACCUUGAUGGAGUUUGAUUAGAGGCGAUCCGUAAUUGACGGUGCUCCUAAUAAAGGUUUGUUUGUGAAAGGAAGGCAAGAAAGAUGCAGACUAAAGAAAAAAGGUAAAACAUGAGUGAAUAAGAGUUGGUCCAAAUCACGAAUAAGUUAGUUAAAAAUAAAACUUGUCAUAAGUGCCAUGAGAAGAGGCACUUGUAAAUAAAUUAUCCAAAGAACUAGAAUGAUAAGACAACAAGAAGUGAAUCUACUUUGACUAAUGUCACAAAGGUUGAGGAUAGUGAUAGCAAAUAAGUAUAUUUUGUUCUAGUUGCAUCUGAAGAAUUGUUGAACACAUAGAUUCUUGACUCAAUUACUUUUAUCAUAUGUGCCCACAUAUUGGUUGGUUUGAUUCUUACACGAAUACGACUAAAUUUAUUUUUAUGGGGAACAAUGCUCAUCGUAAGGUGGUGGGCAUUGGUUUGGUGAAAGUUCAUAUGUUUGAUGGGAUAGUCCAAGAGCUUGAAAAUAUAUGACAUAUACUAGUAUUGAAAGUUCAUCGUAAGGUGGUGGCCAGUAUUUUUCUUUGACAGCGAUAGCUAUUAACCUCCUCGGUCGAAGCCAGAGUCAAAGGAGAGAGGAGGAAAGUGAACCGAGUCGGGUACACUUACUUUGACUGAGUCCGUUGCUUCCCCAUUAAUUCGGCCCACUGCCACAGGGGUUCAGAUAACUCGAGAUGGGCCUCUCACCUUGGGCUGCUGUUGUUGGACCAAGGGCAGGCCCGCCAUCGCACCUUACGCGUUCCCAUCUCUCUUAGAAAAAAUAUGGGCAUGGCCAGUAUGAGGGCGCCCCAGUGCCACGUUCCUGUCUCCCUUCUAGAGGCCGGCCGGCAAGCCAUCAUGAUCGUAGCCAAUUAGGCGUUUGACUGACUUUCCGUCUACGAGAAUGGCGUUCUUGAGUAUCCGACGACUUUUCCCGUCAACGUGGAUCGUCUACCGCGGGGUCUCCCACCGUCGUCAUCGAGCAUUUCCAGUCAUCUCACGCUCCUCUUUACUCCUCCGCUGUAUUUCGAUCUCCACUGGUCCCCACGGUGGGGUGGUCAGUCAACGUUCCAGGUUGCCUACAGUAUUCGGAGAGAAUGGGCUCGCUCGGGAGGAAGAUCUAUCUUCACUAUAAAUAGGUCACUUUGGUGUCGUCGUUCUUCACCGGCUCUGUUCACCUUCAACCGCGUGCUUCUUCUUGUCCCCCUUUGCCUCCUCCUGACGCCUCGCCCAACUAGCGCCAUCUCUUCGUGCGGGGGGGCCUGCCGAACCCUGAACGACUGCAGUGGCCAGCUCAUCUGUAUCGGCGGCAAGUGUAACGAUGAUCCCGACGUCGGUACCCAUAUCUGCGGCGGCGGAGGAGGUGGAGGAGGAGGCGGUGGCGGAGGGUGCCCUCCAUCGCAACCCCUCGUUUGCGGCAGCAACUCGUAUCCCACGUAAAGCUGCUCGCCGCCAGUUACCUCCGCCACGAGAGCUCUCCUGACCAACAACGACUUCAGCGAAGGUGGUGACGGCAGCGGCGCAUCGUCUUGCGACGGUAAGUUUCACAGCAACUCCGAGAGAAUCGUCGCGCUGUCCGCCGGCUGGUUCAGCGGCGGCAGCCGGUGUAACAAGUUUAUCCGCAUCACCGCCGCCAACGGCAGGAGCACGACGGCGAAGGUCAUCGACGAGUGCGACUCGCUGCACGGCUGCGACGCGGAGCACGCCUUCCAGCCGCCAUGCAAGAACAACAUCGUCGACGGUUCGAACGCCCUCUGGAACGCUCUCAGUCUCAACAUCGACGACGGCGUGGUGCCGGUCACGUGGACAAUGGCCUGA